AAAUAUUUAUAAAAUAUACUAAAAGCACUUAUCCCAAAAAGAGAACGAGAAACUCGAGGAGAGAGUACAAAGAGUGAAACAGAAACAUAAAAUAUUAAUUCAAUGAAUUAAAUAUAGUCAAAUUUUGAGAGGAGUAAAUUAAACACACACACAUACGCGGUUAAAGGAAAUCCAUCAAAAUGCGCUUCACCUACAAUCAGUAUAAACAUUAUGAGUCCGGUUAUCGGAUUCCAUCCAAAAUGCAUAAUCUUAGCCACCAUAAUAAUGGCAAUGCUGGUGGCAACAACAACAAUAAUAAUAAUAACAAUAAUAAUCAUCACUAUGGCCAUCACAACGGCAACAAUGGCAACAACAAUACAAAUUUACAAGCCUAUCAGCAUCAUUACAAAAGUAAUUUCGGAAUGAGAAUGACCAUGUCCACGAAUUCCACAAUGAGUGCGCGAAUACAUCGAAAGGGUUUUCGCAUACCAUCGAAAAGACAGCCGGGUAAGGGAUUGCCCGGCAAACUGCAUACAAUAACCAGGGCGGGUCCCGGCAAAAUGGUACCCGGCAAGCGAAUACCACAGCGACCACAUCCGCCGCCCUGCGACAACUCCAAUGACAGUGGCCUCGGCUUCGAUCAACACACAGAGCUGAGAUCCUCGACAGGUUCGACGGGCGGUGAUUCCGGCCAGCGAUCAUCCGGACUUUUGGUCAAUAGUGCAUUAACCAACACGGUUGCAGCAGCGGCCGCGGCAGCAGCAGCAGCAGUGGCCAGCAACACGUUGCAACAGCAUCAGCAACACCAUCAACAGCAGCAGCAACAACAGCAGCAACAUUCACCACAGCAGCAUUUAAUACGCGCGAUACCUGUAUCAAGAUCGCGUCACGCCCGGAAUAUGAUGAGCCAAUAUCUGGAGGAUCUCGAUCUGGUUUCGGCCUCCUCCUCAGAGGACUCCUCAGCCACCACCUCGCCACCGGUCAGUAUCAGUUUGGACGAGGACACGGGCUUUGUCAACGACAACUCGACGGCAGCAACGGCAUCAUCCGUGGGCAGUAAAUCCACCUCCAACACCGGCACCACCACCACUAGUUCCAACUCCACUACGGAUCCCUUUGGCGGUGUCUUUCAGGCCACCGAAGCGGCAGUGGCAGCGGCUGUAAAUGCCUUUACCCAGCAGCAUCACCCAGUGCAACAGCAUCAUCAGGUGCAACAUACACAGCAGCAGCAACAACAGCAGCAGCAGCAACAGUUCCAUUAUUCCGGAUUGUUGCAUCAUCAUCACCAACAGCAGCAGCAACAGCAGCAGCAGCAGCAUCACCAGCAACAACAGCAUCAGCAACAACAUCAUCAUCACCAUCAUCGCCAUGGGAAGCACAUCACCAAACGCAAGAAGCUCGAAUGCAACCAGGUGGAACUGGACAACGAUGAUGCCUGCAGCGAGGAUGAGUUUAUACGCAAAAUAGCCAAUUCGGUGGCAGCAACCACUGUUGAGUCCUCAGUUCCAGUUCCAGUUCCAGCUGCAGCUCCCGUUCCAGCUCCAACCUUGCCAGAAGUGGCCACCAUUGCAUCCGCUCCAGCCACGGGCAAGCAACUGCCUCGGAGCACCAACAAUGAGACAAAAUUCAUUUCGGCAAGAACUGUCACCAGAGUGGCCAAUAAGCGGCAACCCAUCACACCCUUGAAUAGCAUCGCCAGCUCCAAUGAUGGCCAGGUGCAGCUGGAGAUUGUCUCACAGCCGGAGCAACAGCAUCGGGCGAGAUAUCAAACGGAGGGUAGCCGCGGUGCUGUCAAGGAUCGCAGUGGGAAUGGUUUCCCCAUUGUCCGACUAACAGGAUACGACAAGAAUGCUGUCCUUCAGGUCUUCAUAGGCACUGACAUAGGUCGUGUGGCGCCGCAUAUGUUCUAUCAGGCUUGCAAGGUUGCUGGCAAGAAUUCGACGCAGUGCAAUGAGAAGAAAGUGGAUGGCACCAUGGUCAUCGAGAUUGAUUUCAAGCCGGAAACGGAAAUGACCAUUACCUGUGAUUGCGUUGGCAUACUAAAGGAACGCAAUGUCGAUGUGGAGCAUCGUUUCCCAGAGCAUCUGGCCCAGAAGAACAAAAAGAAAUCCACACGCUGCCGUAUGGUAUUCCGCACUCAAUUAACCCGCGACGAUGGCACCACCGAGACCCUUCAGGUCUGCUCGAAUCCCAUCAUUUGCACUCAACCCCCUGGUGUGCCAGAGAUUUGCAAAAAAUCACUUAACUCAUGUCCUGUGGAUGGUGGCCUGGAGUUGUUCAUUAUUGGCAAGAACUUUUUAAAGGACACACAUGUGGUGUUCCAGGAAACCUAUGAUAGUGUUAAUGGCGAUGAUCCAGCCACCGAGAUUGCAGUGCGUCAGCAGUUAAUUGGAGGAACUGCUGCCCUCUGGGAGCAGAGCGUCCUGCCAGAUAAGGAAUAUCUUCAUCAGACCCAUUUAAUAUGCACUGUACCGCCAUAUCUGCAUCCGAACCUUAUGAAGCCCGUCCAGGUUCAGGUCUCGAUUGUUUCCAGUGGCAAGAAGAGCGAACCUCACACGUUCACCUAUACGCCCAAGGGACAGUAUACGACGCUGGCGGCUGCCAGUACGUUAAGUAACACAAUCCACGCCCAAGAUGUGAGCAGUUUCAUGGAUACCACAGCGGCGCCCAGUGGCAGCACCAGUGGCUCCAGCGGCGUUGGCUGGACUGGCUCGGCCGGAACUAACAAUCCUACAGCUCCAGCUUCAGGUUCAUCCUCGGUGACCGAUGCCAAUGUGGAGGCCAAGCAUGAGAUCGAUUCGGGUAUGAUGCCGCCACCGAUAACCACACAGAUCCCAAUAGGCCUUCGUCGCUCAUCGCUGCCCAGCGCCACGCCCAUGAUCACCGAUCAGCAACAGCAGCAGCUGGUCCAUCUGAAUGCCGUGGCCAGUGCCGAGGCCCUGAAGACGGAACUCCUGGAUGAUAGCAGCUCGCACAGUCCCCUCACUGGUGAAUCGACGCCGGAUAGCCCAAAUGCCGCCAUGCAGUAUCAUCAUCGAUUCGUUACACGAAAGCCCAGCCUGGACACCAUCAUGUAUGAUCAAUCCAACAGCUUGCCCGGCUUCCCUGCCGUUGUGGCACCAGCCACAGCCGCUGCUGUGGCAGCAGCCGUUGACAUCGAUCCCGCUGCCGUUGCUGUGGCCGUCGAGAUGGCUGUUAAGAAUGAGAUUGUGAAGCAUGUCGUGCAGCAGCAUCAACAGUUGCAAGAACAGAUGCAGGAACAGCAGCAGCAGUUGCAAGAGCAACAACAGCAGCAGCAGCAGCAACAGCAACAGCAGCCCCAGCAACAACAGCAACAGCAAGUGCACAAGUUCAUAGACGAACUAACCAAAUCCACAUCGGUGGUCAGCAGCAAUGGAACAACUGAACCGGCCUUGUUCACCACAUCGGCGGUUAUUGAUCACGCUUUGACCGACAUAUUGCAGGCCAAGGUGGGCAUUGCGGCAGCACCACCACCGCCACCGCACACCGUUGUCCUGGAACGUAGCCUGUCCUCGCUGAGCUCCACCAACUCGAGCAGCAGUUCCCUUAGCGGCAGCGAGAGUUCACCCAAUAGUUCACCAUUAACACAGGAUAUUAUACUCAAUUCGGAACCGGCGGCCGCUUUAGCCGGCGCUGCUGGUCUGCAAUCCGCCCCUGUGGAUGUGACCGGCGGUGGCCUAUCCACUGAUAUUAUCAUGAAUCCCGCUGUCUCCCCCUCAACCAUUUUGUGCUCGGCAAAUGGAGCCGCCACAGCGGUGGUGCCUAACAUUCUGGCACCGCACCAAGUGACCAUGGCCAAUUCCAUAUUAAAUGAUAUUGCCAUGCAACCGGAGCCAACGCAACAGGACGCUGCAGUGGCUGCCUUGGCCCUCAGCAACAUCAUGAUGAGUCCACCGACAGCGGCAGCAGUUGUGGGCGGUGUUAAUGUUGUGGAUACCCUGCCACCGAUGCCACCGGCUGUCAUGCAGCCGGAGGUGGCGGCCACUGCCACAUCGACGGCCGUCAGCAAUAUGAUUCUCAAGGCGGCGGCCGAUUUUAUAACCACGCAAGAGCAGGAGCAGGAGCAGCAGCAUCAUUACCAUCGCCAUCACUCGCACUCCCAUUCCCCGCAGGCAGGCGUCGCUGUCACGGUUAAUCCUAAUCCCGCGGAUGUCAAUAUGCUGCUGUCCAAUCAUUCGGCGACACCAGAAACAGCGGCUGCCGCUGCCGCAGCCGUUGCCGUGGAGGCGGCCAACUUCCAGUCACUGAAUCACAGUCAUCAUGCCCAGCAUCAUGGCCAUCAUCAUGGUCACAGCCAUAGCCAUGGACAUGGACACAGUCAUCAUGUAACCGGACAUCAUCAUGGCCAUCAUUUGCCGGUGGUGGUGCCGCCGACACCACAAGAAUCUCUGAUCGUUGCACUGGCCAGCGAGAAUGCGUUGCAAAAGUCGGUGGCCACCGCUGCCGUGACCACCAAUGGAGCGGUGAUGACCCAACAGGCAUCGGCUCCCAGCACAGCCGGCAGCAUUAUUCUUCCGGCAGCCGUUGGAGCUGUGGCUGCAGCGGCGGCAGUGGCGGUACAGCCGCAACCAAUACCGCAGGAGCUGACCACGAUGUCGGAUCAGGAUCUGAUCAGCUAUAUUAAUCCGAGCACCUUUGAUCAGAUUUAAAUGGAUCAACAAAUUAAACUACGUGGACUUGUUUAUUAUAUUUUUUUUUUCUUAACAAUAACAAUAAAUGUUACUUCUACACACAGGCUUAGAAUUAAGUAUAUACGAUAUAUUUAGGUAGAGAAACACACCUUUUGAUGGAUUAACUAACGGUUUCAAUGUGGACCAACUUUUUGACCAAGUUAAAAAUUGAGUAAAAUUGAAAAACAAAUAUGGAUAGGAAGAUUUUAAGAUGAAGUUACAAAAAUCCGCAAAAAAGCAGACGUUUUAGGAAGUAAAUAUUAUAUAUAUUAUUAUUUUAAUUAUUU